AUGGAAGUUUUCCCUGAGCAGCAGGAGGUCAGCCGUGAUUUGAGCCAAGAGGACUCUCGUGAACCGCCACACUUUAAAGAGGAACAGGAAGAACUGAGGAUCAGUCAGGAGGAAGAGCAGCUUCAAGGACUGGAGGAGGGCGAUAUCAUCAAGUUCACAUUUGAUCCUGCCCUUGUGAAGAGGGAAGAUGAUGAUGAUGAUGAUGAUGAUGAUGAUGAUGAUGAUGAUGAUGAUGAUGAUGAUGAUGAUGAUGGAGAGAAACCACAGUCCUCACAUCUUUAUGAAAACCAACUGAAAGAGAACAGUGAGACUGAUGACAGUAAUGAUUGGGAAGAGACAAAUGAACCUCAGUCAGGUUUAAAGCAUCAGCAAAACACAGAAGUGUUUGUGGAUAACCAAGAAUGUAAUAAUGAUAAAACAUCAGGUAGCUACUCUGAAUGUGCUACAAGCUCUGACCAAAAGGAACAACAACUGAAACUCAAAGAAAUCCAAGCUCAAGAGCAACCACUCGGUAGUAGAAGUUUCACACAGAAGGCACAUUUGGAUUCACACUUAGAGGUUCUCACAGGAGAGAAACUGUUUAGUUGUGAAGUUUGUAAUGCACAUUUUUUGUGUGAAGCUGACUUAGAUUCGCACAUGAGAGUUCAUACAGGUGAGAAACUUUUCAGCUGUUCUGUUUGUGGAAAAAGCUUUGCUCAAAAAAAUAUCAAGAAACACAUGAGAACCCAUACAGAAGAGAUAACUUUUAGUUGUUCAAUUUGUGGGAAAGAAUUUGGGAAACACGACAAUCCAAAACGCCACUUAAUUGGCCACACAGAAGAAAGAUCCUUCAAUUGCGUUAUUUGUGACAGAAAUUUCCCACAAAGGGCAUACUUGAAGUCACACCUACAGAUUCAUGCAGAGAAACCCUUUCGCUGUGCAGUUUGUAAAUCACCUUUUGUACAUUACACUAGCUUAGAUGUACACAUGAGAAUUCAUUCUGGAGAGAAACCUUAUAGCUGCUCUGUUUGUGGGGAAAGAUGUGCUUACAACACCAUCAAGAAACACACAAGAACGCAUAUGGAAGAGAAACCAUUUAGUUGUUCAAUAUGUGGGAAGGAAUUUGGGCAACAUGACAAUAUUAAACGGCACCUGACUGUCCACACAGGAGAGAAAUCCUUCAGUUCCACAACUUUUAGUACUAGUUUCACACCCAAAGCAUUUUCAGAUUCACACCUACAGGCUCACACUGGUGAGAGAUUCUUUCAUUGUGCUGUUUGCAAAGGACUUUUUUUAGGUCAAGCUGACUUAGAUGUACACAUGAGAGUUCAUAUAGGUGAGAAACCUUUCCGCUGCCUUGCUUGUGGGAAAAGAUUUGCUCAUAACACCAUAAAGAAACACAUCGGAACUCAUGCAGGACUUAAGAAAUGUAGAUGUUUAAUUUGUGGGAAGGAACUUGGUCAACAUGACAAUCUCAAACGCCACUUGAUUCUCCACACAGGGGAGAAACCCUUCAGUUGCACCAUUUGUGGUAGAAGUUUUACAAGGAAGGUAAAUUUGAAGUCACAUUUACAGACUCACACAGGAGAAAAACUCUUUAGUUGUGCAGUUUGUAAUGCGCGGUUUUCACGCAAAUCUGACCUACGUGGACACACAAGAGUUCACACAGGUGAGAAACCUUACAGCUGCUCCGUUUGUGGGAAAAGAUUUGCUCGCAACAUUGUCAAGAAACACAUGAUCGUUCAUACAGGAGAGAAACCAUUUCAUUGUACAAUUUGUGGGAAGGGAUUUGGGCAGAAUAACCAUUUAAAGCGCCACUUGGCUGUCCACGCAGGAGAAACUCUGUAG